AUGGUCCUCCAAGUGAAAAGCAAAGCUGCAAUGUACAAUGUCCCCAGAUACGGAGACAUACCUAACGUCUUCUUUGAUAUUGACAGCAGAGGCGCAGAGGACCUGCUAGGAACAAGCAGAAGCGAGGAGAAGAAUCCUAUCGUCGGAUCUUGGUUCCGAAUUGAGAAAGGACCUGAAGCUACGCCUCCGACGUACUCGUAUGAUGAGGUUGGGGUGGUCAUUGAGGAUAGUUAUGGCGUAGCGUGGAAGUGUGGGGGUCGUGAAAUGGCGAGGCUUUGA